AUGUCAAAAGCUAAACCAAAGACUCAUGUUGAUAAAACCCCAAAUACAUCCUUAUCAACGGCUCCGGAAAUACCUUUCUUAUGGGAUAAAACCAAGGAAACGAUCCUUAUUAUCACCAAAGCACGUGAAAACAAACUAGUAUGCUACACACGUCAGAUAACCGAAUGGCUUGUUACGACUCCACGCUUUGACAAGAAGUAUCCUUUUAUUGUCUAUGUAGACGCUCAUCUCGAACAAUCCAAGAUAUUCGACUAUAAGUCAUUCAAGGAGAAUAAUUCAGAGUUGGCAAACAGGAUUAAGUUUUGGACACCAAAGUUGUGUCAAAAUAAUCCAGGGCUAUUUGAUCUCAUUAUCACGGCAAGUUAUUCCCUUUGGGAAGCCAUACUUGGCGGAGAUGGCACAGUGCUAUUUACAUCUUGGUUGUUUCAAUCCAAGGUGCCCCCGAUCAUGCCGUUUCAUUUGGGGUCAUUGAGUUUCUUGACACCCUUUUAUUAUAAAUCGUUUAGAGAGGAGCUAGAUGCACUGUUUGGGUCGAACCGUAUCGACAAGACUGUACGGAUGAGAUUGAGCUGCACUGUGUAUAGAUUCCAAGAAAGCACCUCGCCUUCCCCACAAAGACGUGUUAGGCAGAAUUCAAUCACAGGCGAACUGUGGACAAAAAACAUGUCGCCUCACAAUUCACCCUCUCUUGUAGAUAAAUGGUCCCUUUUGGAAACUGCAUGGAUGAGGCAGCAGUUCGAAACCUUUGAGGUUCUAAAUGAAAUUGUUGUCGACAGAGGACCUAGUGCAUAUAUGUCGGCUUUGGAAUUAUUUGGUGAUGAGCGACAUUUAACAACUGUUCAAGCAGAUGGUUUGUGUAUCGCUACCCCAACUGGGUCGACUGCUUACUCGCUUUCAGCUAAUGGGUCAUUGACUCACCCAGAUGUCCGUUGUAUUCUGGUGACACCUAUUUGUCCUCACACACUUAGCUUUAGACCCAUGAUGCUCCCUGAUUCUAUGUCUAUUCGUAUUGUGGUCCCAUUAAGUUCUAGAGAAACAGCAUACUGCAGCUUUGAUGGCCGUAACCGGGUUGAACUGAAAAAGGGAGAUCAUGUUAAGAUAACAGCAUCUCAGUAUGCACUUCCUACUAUCUGCAAUAUAAACACUAGUAAUGACUGGUUUAUGUCUCUUCAAAAGUGCCUCCAAUGGAAUGUUCGCCAACGUCAAAAGUCUUUCGUGGUAGUUGAGUCGUGUGAAAAAGACUUGGCUAAUUCGUCUUCCUUAUCUGAAAAGGACAACUUAUUUGCGUGUAUUCAGUCUCGCCUAAAGAAUAACAGCACGACGGCGCAGAAUCAGGAUACAGAAGAUGAUGAUAAUAAUGAAAAUGCAGCUUGGGAUCUUUUGCCAUGGUCUGAACAAGAAUUACGAAGAGAUAAACUCAAGGAAACCCCAUGA